AGAGGGGUGCUCAUAUGUUUACCUAUGGUCAUGAAAAUUCAUCAAGAUUGUGGUUUCCUUGUGUGGAUUCAUAUUCAGAGCCAUGUACAUGGAAAAUGGAGUUCACUGUUGAUUCUUCAAUGGUGGCUGUUUCAUGUGGAGAUCUUGUAGAAACUGUUUUUACAUCAGAUAUGAGGAAAAAGACGUAUCAUUAUUAUCUUUCUGUUCCAACUUGUGCUCCAAAUAUUGGAUUAGCUGUUGGACCAUUUGAAAUAUUGGUUGAUCCCUACAUGCAUGAAGUUACACAUUUUUGCUUACCACAAUUAUUACCACUUUUGAAACAUUCUACAUAUUUUUUGCAUGAGGCAUUUGAAUUCUAUGAAGAAUUAUUAUCAAGUCGUUAUCCUUACUCUUGUUAUAAACAAGUUUUUGUUGAUGAGGCAUAUGUUGAUGCAAAACCAUAUGCUACCUUAACCAUUCUUAACACAAACUUGCUUCAUUCGCGACACAUCAUUGAUCAGACGUAUUUGUCUCGUAAAAUUAUGUCUCAUUCUGUAGCUGAACAGUUUUUUGGUUGUUUUAUCAGCAUGUAUUCAUGGUCAGAUGUAUGGCUUCCAAAAGGAAUAUCAUCUUAUUUAGCAGGACAGUAUUAUAAAAAAGCAUUUGGUAAUAAUGAAUAUCGUUAUUGGAUACAUAAGGAUCUACAAGAUGUAAUAGCAUAUGAACAAAAACAUGAUGGUAUAAUAUUAGACUGUAGUGCUAUGCCUUCUGGAUCUGUUUCAAAUUCUGGAAAAGAAGGGAGUUUCUAUUUUCCAACUAAACAUUUACAUACAACUUCACCUAAAUAUAAUCAGAUACUAUGGAAAAAAUCUCAUUUGGUUAUUCGGAUGUUAGAAGACAGGCUUGGGAGAGAAUUAUUAUUACAGGUUUUUAAUAAGCUGUUGUCUUUAGCAAGUUCAGCUGCUCAACAGAAAGUUACUAGUAAUGUUUGGUUUAACAUGUUACAUGUUUUUGGAAUUAAACUUUUUAUGAAAUUAUAUAUAUUUUUAUUAUAGUUUCAGAAAGCUAUUUUUACUGUUACUGGAAAAGAUAUCAAGACUUUUCUUGAGCAAUGGGUAAGACAAGGUGGUCAUGCAAAAUUCCAUGGCACUUUCAUUUUUAACAGAAAGCGAAAUACUGUUGAAUUAGAAAUUAAACAACAGGAUCUUCAGUCCAAAGGAAUUAGAAGAUACGUGGUUAGUAAAUUUGAAUAUUAUUUAUCUUUAAUUAAUGAUAGAGUAAUACUUAAGAAUCAUUAUAAAAAAUGGGGUUUGAGAAGAAUAAAUAAAAAGAAGAAAAUUCCUCUUUGUACAGGAGAAGAAGUUGAUAUGGAUCUUAGUGCCAUGGAUGCAGACUCACCAGUGUUAUGGAUAAGAAUAGAUCCAGAAAUGCAUCUGAUGAGAGAAGUGGUAAUGGAACAACCAGAUUAUCAAUGGCAGUACCAGUUAAGAUAUGAAAGAGAUGUCACUGCACAAAUUGAAGCUAUAGAAGCACUUAAAAAAUAUCCUACUCCUGCCUCUCGUUUAGCCUUAACAGAUACAAUUGAAAAUGAACACUGUUUUUAUCGUGUUCGAUGUGAAGCAGCUUUGUGUCUCAGAAAGGUAGCAAAUUCAAUGUUAGCUACAUGGACUGGACCACCUGCUAUGAUUACAAUUUUUCGAAAGAUGUUUGGGUCUCAUUCAUGUCCAAAUAUAAUUCGUCAAAAUAAUUUUUCAAAUUUCCAGCAUUAUUUUUUACAAAAGACAAUACCUCGAGCAAUGGCAGAAUUAAGAACAGUCCAUGGUAUUUGCCCUCCAGAAGUGUUAAGCUUUCUAUUAGAUUUAUUUAAAUACAAUGACAACAGUAAAAACAAAUAUUGUGACAAUUAUUACAGAGGUGCUUUAAUAGAAGCUCUUGGUGAAACUGUUACACCUAUUUUAUCUGUUAUUACUCAGACAGGACAACCUGUAUCUGCUGAUUCUCUUUCGUCAGAUACAAAGCUCAUAUUGGAAGAAAUUACUCGAUGCCUUAAUUUAGAAAAAUUGUUAUCGUGUUAUAAAUAUACAGUUACAGUUAGUUGUCUUAGAGCAAUUCGACGUUUGCAAAUGAUGGGCCAUUUGCCAAGUAAUCCAACAUUAUUUCAAGAAUAUUCUGCAUAUGGAAAUUUUAUUGAAGUUAGACUUGCUUCAUUAGAAGCACUAGUUGAUUUUACUAAAGCUGAUGGAAAAUCUGAAGAUUUAAAUUUUUUAAUGGAUAUUAUUGAAAAUGAUCCAGUCCCUGAAGUUAGAUAUCAUACACUUAGGAUGCUGACUGAAAAUCCGCCAUUCACAAAGAAAGAUCAUAGUCACUUAAAUACAGAAGAAUUAGUAGAAAGAUUAUGGAAAUUGAUGAAUAGUGGUUCAUCACAUGAUUCGAGGAUAAGAUGUGCAGCGGUGGAUUUGUAUUAUAUUUUAUACGGUCGUAAUAGGCCUUCUUGUCUUCCUAUUCCAGAACUUGCAAUGGUAUUAAAUUUGAAAGAAAAGAAAGCUAGAGUAAAUCCUGCUAUAGCAUCAGAAGAAAUUGACAUGCCUCUUGAACCAAUGGAAGUAGAAGAAAUAGUAGAAACAUCAGAAGUAGAAUUACCAGUAAUUGAAGAAGUUGUGGAUGUUGUGGAUACAAAAGCAGAAACUUACAUUUAUGUGGAUGAAAAGAAAGAUGGUAAUAUACCAGUAAUAGAAGAAAGGAUAAUUGAUCCAUGUGAUUUUAAAAUUGAACCCAUGGCAGAUGAAGAAGAAGCUAAAAAAAAUAAAGUUAAG